CCUGGUUAAACGGGUGAACCGACAACUCUGCCUCUUCAUUUAAACCCUGAACGCAGAGCAGAGAGCUUCUCGGAGGUACCUUUGCUUUUACGGACUACCAGCUGCUGCCACAAGCUGCAGAAUAGAUGUGAAACUGACUGGGUCAGCCGUCGUUCAGCUGGUGCGAUGUGUGGACCGGCCCUCCCCCCCCUCUUCCUGCUGCUGUGCAUCCUGGGAGCCACGCUACAAGUCUCAGGUUGGGUCGCAGCUCCAGCCAAUCUGACUGCGGAGGCGGGACGUCCCGUCCUCCUCCACUGCAACAUCAGCACCGCAGCGGGGGACACCGUCCGCCAGGUGCGUUGGCUCAACAGCCACUCCAAGCUGCUCCUGGCGUAUUCCCAAAGCACGCCGGCUCGCGUCAGCCACCAGGACGCCGGCGUGAAGCUGGCGGCGGCCCACGCCAACUCCAGCCACAUCAGCAUCGCGCGGCUGCGGCCGGACGACGGGGGCUGCUACCGCUGCGUCUUUGACGUCUUCCCCAGCGGCAAGCAGGAAGGCUCCACGUGUGUCAGCGUCAUCGGUAAGGUCCACCUGGAGGGCAACCGGACGGCCAUCAGCGGGAGGCCCGUCACCCUGUCCUGCUGGUACAGCCUGGCCGGCCGGGUCCGCCAGGUGCUGUGGAGGAAGACGGCCGAGCAGGGCGACACCACCACGGUGGCCUCCUACGCCAAGCGGGCCCCGCGCACCGAGGCCCCGUUCAGGGGUCGGGUCAGGCUGAGCCCCACGCUGGGGGAGACCCGGCUGACCAUCGAGACGGUGCGGACCGAGGACGAGGCGUGCUACACCUGCGACUUCCACACCUUCCCGGACGGCACCAGGAGCGGCACCGCCUGCCUCUCCGUUUACGUUUUACCCAAACCAGAGCUGAGCCACGUCACGUCGUCGUCAGGAGUCACGGAGGCAAACUGCACCGCCCAGUCCAGGCCCCCGGCGAGCAUCCUGUGGGACGCCGGCGGCGAGAACCGGACGCUGGGGCCGCCCAUCGUGUCCGUUUACGAGCAGGGCGACGGCACGACCAUAGUGACGAGCACGCUGCUCUUCCAGUCGGCGCUGAGCGGCGACGGCUCGGUCAGGUGCAUCGUGGCUCACCAGGGUUUGGAGAAAGCCCUCACGCUGUCCCUCAACACAGACGUGAAUCAAGCAAAGAUCAUCCUCAUCUCUGUGUGCGGCGUGGCAGUCGUCCUCCUCCUGAGUCUCUGCGUGUGUCUCUGCAAGUGCUUCGUCUGUACUGACGACUGAUCUGGAGUCGUGCCGUCCUCCCGCUGCUCUGAUGCUCCAGUGGCGUUCUGACCCGGCUGCUCAGCGCCGCGCACAGAGGAAGCUGCUGGUUCUGCUCAGACCGACUGGAAACGCUUUGCUCGAGCAGAAACGGCAUUUCUACAAAGUCAAAUGAACUGAAACGAUUAUUUAAUACAACAUGUGACAUUUCCUGGCAAGAAACUGCUGAGAACUUCAAGUGCCCUGAAACAUUUUUUAAGAUUUGGUUUCAGAUCAUUUCGUUACACUAUAUUUUUUUUUUUUUUUUACUUUUUUCUUUAACUACAGAGUUUUACUUAUCCAAGUCAAACUGAUGACCUUAAAUGUGAUUUUUAGUUGUGUUUUUUCCAAUGGUUUAAUGCUCUGAGAUGUGUUACGGCUGUAUCAUGUUAAGGUUAAUGUGACGGUUGCGUCAUCAUGAAGCUAACGAACCCACUGCCCUCCUUCGUUAACAGUCAGUGAAUCCUGAUUGGUGACGCUUUAGCCAACGCACAGAAAACGGGGGAAAUGUUUGAGAGGAAAAACGCUAAGAAUGAACAGAAUUAUCCAACUCUGUUCUAACUUUAGCUGUGUUUAGUCUCCUGACUGGAUAAAUGCACCUCAGAGCCACAUCGGUUCAUCGUCCCGCCUCCCUGCUUGCUUUGGGACACCAACGUCGCCGCAAAGGCCUCAAUUAGUGGUGGGUGGAGAUAUAUUUUGAUAAGAGGACCGGUUUGGUGCUCCUAAGUAACGGGAAAGCCAAAAACAGCCAUUGGAUGGAAGCUGAAUGUGACUUUUUGUUGAACCGGGCCUGAGUGAGUCAUUGUGAGAGACUGACUCCUGCAUGUGGGAUCCAGAUGGGUGGAAGAGUCGGUUCCUGAGCAGGUGAGCCGCGCCGCUGUGAAUCACUGUAGCUACGCAUGGGAGUCAGACCGAGGGCGGGUUUGUUUCCACGUGCGCUCGUGUUGUCAAAGGAAGUCUCUCUGAGUGUGUUUCCGUACAGUGUUGAUGUGUUUCUGAGUCACAGAGCUGAACUCCUGUAGCGUCAGCGAUGUUUCUGAUUUCAACUGUUGGCUAAUGACUGUUUUUGUUUGUAGAAGGCGUAUCUAGAAAAAUAAUAUCUAACAAUUAUUUUUUUACUAUAGUUUUUAUAUGUGGACGUGUGACUAAAUGACUGGACUGUGGAUGAGCUUUAAAGAAAUAAAGUAAUAUUUGCUGCUGUUUUCAUUACCUUUUUAGUGUUUGUAUUGUUCUGAAACAUUAAAAAUUAGCUUUUUAAAUGA